CUAUAUUUUUUUACUGCAUGCACGGACGGCUGCACCGUACGCGUACUCAUAUGCACGCGCACGAAAAUGCGAGAUGGCAAGUUUUCAGUGGCCGUGGCAGUAUGAAUUUCCACCAUUUUUUACUUUACAGCCCAACUUGGAGACAAAGAAGAAGCAGGUAGCAGCGUGGUGUGACUUGGUCCUUGCCUACCACAAGCACCACAAGAUCUUCAAUCUAGACGUCAAGGAAUCCCAGUCCUCACCACUCUUCAACAACACAAAGAUCGAUAGAAAACUUUCCACGGAUGCAAUAUAUUCAAUUCUAGAGGAAUUGAGGGUCAAAGGAAAUAUAGAAUGGACAGACAAGACAAGGGCGCAGUGCCUGGUCAUGUGGAGAACACCUGAGGAAUGGGGCAACCUUAUCUAUAGAUGGGCUUCUGGCUGUGGCAUGACAAACACAGUAUGUACGCUGUAUGAAUUAGCUCAUGGUGACGACACUAAGCGAGAAGAGUUCUUUGGUCUAGAUGAUUGGCUUCUGAAGAGGGCUUUAAGGACACUAGAAAAACAGAGGAAGGCGGAAAUCAUGUCAUUUGGCACAAGCGAAGGUGUCAAGUUCUUCUGAUCUGUACUAUGUUAUUUUAGUAUUGCCAAAGAUGUGCCCUGUGUGCAUCAUGUAGAGAGAGUAGAGCCCACAGGUGGUAAGAGUUUAGAAGAGGGUUUCUUAAUUGACUGGAGGCCUGAGGCGAAGAUGAGGAGUGAUUGACAAACUUUUCUGAAAGCUUUAAAAAGUAAUAUUGAGAGUUCAAUAUAGGAUGCGUCAUAUGUUUGGAGUCAUUAUGGGGUUAGGGUUAUAUUAUACAUGUAUGUCGCAAAAUGAGGAGAAACACUCAAGGAAAUCAUGAUCGAAGAUUCGGGUUGAAAGAGUGUUCACAAUGCGAGUAAAAGUUCUUUUUCAUUUUCCUCCACGGAUACAAAGGAAUGUCCACACUGAGUAGGUAUGUAAGGUGCUUGGAUGUGCAUUUGGGUUGUUCGUUUGUAAUGGUUGUCAUUUGCCUGAUAUCCGGAUAUAAUCAUCAUUACUUUAUUUUGCAUAUACAAUUUGGCUCCAAGGACGGAUUUAUGCCCCCCCCCCCCCC